CUCGUGAUCGUUGGCAACAAUGACGAACGGAUCUUUUUGAGUAACGAUUUUUUAGGUUAUCUCGCAUACUCAACGUAAACCCAUCUCGAGCUGCGCGUCUGCAGGAUAUUAGCAAAAUGUCCAGGAGGAAUCCCGGAGACGAUUAUAGAAAAGGGUCAAGUGUCUACAGAACCGAGGACAGGAGAGAGGAUGAUAGAGGUAGGGACCGCUCGCCACUCAGGUCAGAGGAACGUUGCGAUGUGGACGAUACCGAUCAGUCAGAUGUGAAGAAACAGAAGUUGGCGUUCGGCUUUGGGAAAAAGACUGGCAAUGAACAGAAGAAGGGAAUCCAGAUUAAAUUAGGUUCUGUCUCUAAGUCAACUGUGAAAGCAGCACCAGCACAAAAACCAACAGUGGCCUCGGUAUUCAAUGCGGACGACGACGACGAACCAGAGGAGAUGCCAGCAGAAGCAAGGAUGAGGAUGCGAAAUAUCGGGCGUGAAACACCAACAUCAGCCGGGCCAAAUUCGUUUGGCAAGACAAAACAGGGAUUCUGCGAUUCGAAAAAGAUAUUCGAAAAAACGCUGAAGAAAGCAAUGGAGGAGGCAAACAAAUGAUUUUGCUUAUAUGUAAAUACAUAUAUGUAUUACAUAUAUGUAUAAGAGUGUGUGUAUACUGAAAAAUUACUUGUACAUUAAUUUAAAAUGAUUAUUAGAAACUUUGUUCUUGCUGAUCCAAUGCAAAUAUUUUUAUGAAAUGUAAGUAACUCAUUGGCAGAAUUCAGACUUAAAGUUUCGCUUCAAGAUUAAAGGGGAUAGCUGAUAUGUGCACAUCAUGUAUAGUAAAUCUUCAUCUAUAAAGUAUAUUCUCACUCUAGUGCAUUUAACGAUUUCAAGUUUUUCCCAUAUAAUAUCAAAUAAAUAACUUAUUAUGAACUCUAUUACUUUGAGAUAAAAUAUCGCAAUAGUCGAUUUUUCUCUCGAAAUAUAAUAAAUAAUAAAGGUAAUAAUAUUACUCUA